AUGAGCUACUGGGGCAGCAAAGGGUGUGGCUAUGGCUAUGGCUCUGGUUAUGGCUGUGGAUGUGGCAGCUACCGUGGCCUAGGCUAUGGCUAUGGCUCUGGUUAUGGCUGUGGAUGUGGCAGCUUCCGUGGCCUGGGCUAUGGCUUUGGCGGCUAUGGCUAUGGAGGUCUGGGCUAUGGUGGCUACUACCGUCCAUCUUGCUGUGGAAGCUAUUAUUCUUCUGGCUUCUACUGA